AUGCCUUCAGAACCCCCAAACAGCCACAAACGCAAACAACCCGUCGUCUGCGUAUUCUGCGGCGCCUCCCCAGGCCUCUCCCCCUCGCACCUCACCGCCGCCCGCACCCUCGCCCAAGCCCUGCACAACUCCGGCCUCCACCUAGUCUACGGCGGCGGCACAAAAGGAAUAAUGGGCGAGCUGGCCAAAACCCUCGUAACGCUAUCGGGCCCGGAGAGCGUACACGGCGUAAUCCCCGCAGCACUACAGGAAUACGAACGCGAAAAAAAACUCUCACCGGAGGAAGAAGAAGAAAAAAGCUACGGACGCACGACGGUGGUAAAAGACAUGCAUACGCGAAAACAAGUGAUGGCGCGAGAGGUGAUGGAGUCGGGGGAGGGAGGAGGGUUCGUGGCGUUGAGUGGGGGGUAUGGUACGUUGGAAGAACUAAUGGAAGUCACAACCUGGAACCAACUGGGGAUUCACGAUCGAGGGAUCGUGGUGUUUAAUGUGGAAGGGUAUUGGGACGGGUUGCUGAGUUGGGUGCAGAAGAGUGUCGAGGAGAGAUUUGUGUCGAAGGAGAAUGAAAGGAUCAUGGUGGAGGCGAAGACGGCGGAAGAAGUGGUGGAGAAGUUGAAGAAUUAUAGGAAUGCGGAGGGGAGGUUUGGGUUGGAGUGGGAGGAGAAGUAG